ACAAUAGACUGCGACAGACGCGCGUCCGCUAUUGUUCACUAUCGAGUACGAUUGUCGAUUUAGUAACGAAUUUCAGCUUAUUAUUUUAAUUUUUAAAAGAGAGUGAUUGUGUAAUUUAACAAUGUCGUCGAGCGAAGGCGAAUCUGAUUACAAUUCUUCCGAUGAAGAAUUACAAGAGGCAUUUGCUGAAGGAAAAUUAAAGCCUGGUUUAAAUGCAGUUGAACCAAAGAAAAGACAGUUUAAAAAUAAUGUUAGUGCGAUGAAGCAAAAGUUAAAUGAAAUAAAACUUGCUUUACCAUGGGUAGAAAGGCUUGACAUGAUCAAUGUUCCUGCACCUCUGGCACCAGAGUUAGCACUGCAGAUGCAAGAACAGGAAGUUAAACGCGCAAAGCAAUUAAAAGGGAAUAAAAAAUUACCUCAGUAUGCUCCUGAGGAGGAUCCUGUCCUCAAUGACUUCCGUCGUGAAACAAUGUUUCAUCGACAGGCACAAGGUGCAGUUAUGGAAGGAAUUGCUAGGUUGAAAAAACUGGGGUUGCCAACUACCAGACCAGAUGAUUAUUUUGCGCAAAUGGCUAAAUCAGACGAGCAUAUGCAAAAGGUCAGGGAAAAGCUUAUGAAAAAACAAGUUAUAGCCCAACGUUCUGAAAGAGUAAGGCAACUAAGACAACAGCGGAAAGUGGGUAAACAAAUGCAGAUUGAAGCAAAUCUGAAAAAGCAUGCAGAAAAGAGAAAAAUGCUUGAGGAAGUAAAGAAAUAUCAAAAAGGCAUUAGACGUGAUCUUGAUUUUUUGGAUGACAAGAAGAAACCUGUAUCAAAUAAAGCAGCUUUGCGACGGGUAGACAAGAAAGCUCAAUCCAAACUAAAGAUGAAAAAUUCCAAAUAUGGUUUUGGAGGCAAAAAACGUGGUAGUAAACAGAAUACACGAUCCAGUUCAGCUGAUGUGUCGGAGUACAAGAGGCCCGGAAAUCCAGGUAAAUCGAGCAAAUCAGGAAGAUUGGGCAAAGGAAAAGUAAAGCAGAGACCUGGUAAGAACAGGCGUGUUCAAAUGAAAUCUAAAAGAAAGUGAUUCACGGGAUAUGAUUAACGAACUAUUAUAGUGAGUACAUACGUAAGUGCGCGUGCUGAAUGAAUAUAAGAUAUCCGCAGAAUAAUCUGCAUAAAAUGUUCUUUGCAAUAAAAGUAAAAUUGUUUGUACUUUA